AUGUCUAAUAAAUGUUCUAUUUUAUCUUAAAACUAAAGUCAUUUAUAUUACGUAAAUUCAAAUUCCAAUUCAAUUCCAUUCAAAUAGCAAGGCUAAGACGAAUAUAGAAAAAUAUCCGACCCCGUACAUUAACUAAUAGAACUCCCAGCAUAAAUAUGGCGAAUAAUAGAUACUCCAUAAUUCUAACGUUUACGUAAUAUUAAGUAAUUAGGGAUAACAUCUUUCGUAUUUAACGGUGCAAACCACACCCGAUUUGAGCAUAGCUUGGGAGUAGCGUAUUUAGCCUAACAAUAUAUGACACAAAUAUUACUAAAUCACCACAAUAAUUAUAAAGAGUUGAACUUUGAAGAUGAAAAAGGAUUUUAUAAAGCCCAAUUAUUAGUCACUAUUGCUGGUUUAUGCCAUGAUUUAGGACAUGGUCCAUUUUCUCAUAUGUUUGAUAAUUUAUUAAUGCCUCUUUUAGGGGAAAAGCAUUGGAGUCAUGAAUAGGGAAGUUGCGAUAUGUUGAAAUUUUUGUUAGAAGAAAAUGGAUUUAAUUAAUAGGAGAACCUUAUUUACUUUAAAGGAGUUAAUUUUGAUCCGAAUAAAGGGGAUUUGGAUGUUAUUUUAGAUAUGAUAAUAGGGAUAAAUAAUGAAUAGAGAUUACAGAAAUAUAAAGGGAAAUAUCCUAUGUGGAUUUUCGAUAUUGUUAAUAAUAAAAAUACUACUAUAGAUGUGGAUAAGUUUGAUUAUUUAUCAAGAGAUCCUUUAUGUUUGGGAAUAAGACAUUAAUUUCAGUGCGAUUUUUUAUUUAAAGAAAGUCGUAUUAUUGAUGAUAAUAUAUGCUAUAACUCGAAAAUUCACUGCGAAAUAUAUGAAUUAUUCCAAACAAGGUAUAAAAUGUUCAAAAAUGCAUAUUUACAUAGAGUUGCUUAGGGAAUAGAGUAUAUGCUUUGUGAUGCAUUGGAAAAAGCAAAUUCGGUUUAUAAUUUUAGGAAUAUAGUUAAAGAUAUGAAGUAGUAUUAGAAAUUAACUGAUAGAAUUUUAGAAGAUAUAGUUUUUUCAGAAAAUUAAGAGUUGAAGGAAAGUCGGGAAAUCCUAGAAAGGAUUUUUAAGAGAAAUUUAUAUAAAUUCGUCUGUGAAUUUGUUUGCGGGAUAGAUGAAAAAAUCACAAAAGAGGAAGUUUUUGAAGGCUUAUAAAAAUAUUUAAAUUAAAAAGAUAGUUAAUUAGAGAAAUUUAUUAGAGUAAGUAUUUCUCGUGUGUCUUAUUGUAUGAAUAAUCUAGAUCCAGUUAGAAAAGUGAUGUUUUUUGCGCCUUCAAAGAUUUAAAAAUGUGGAUUUUUAGAUCCGGAUACUGUUUCAUUGUUAACUCCAAAGAGUUUCGGUGAAAAAAUUGUUAGGAUUUAUGUUGUUAAUAAUAAGGAUGUGGGAUUUAUUUAAGAUAUAAGAGAAGCUUUUUGUAAAUAUGUUAAGAUUGAGAAAAAAAAAGAAAUAGGUAAUUAUAUUAAAAAAAAUUAAGACUAAGAUUUAAUUAAUAAUUCGCCAUAUAAAAAAUUAUGUAUUUGA